AAUCAACCUACGAAUUUCACUAUUUUUCCCCCUGUUUUUGACUGUUCAUUGUCACACAGCUUUCUACAGUGGCUGUUUGAAUAUUCAAGCCGUUUUGCUAUAUAUUGCAAGUGCUUAAUAGAACAAACAGCUACAAUAUAAACUUAUGUUUGUACAACCCUAAAUCAUCAAAAAAAUCCCUUGAGAAAGCCCAAAAAAAAAAAAAAGCUUCUCCCAAAUCUUCAAAAAUGUCUCCAACGUUUGAUGACACAAACACUUUAUUUGAUUUCGUUGUCCGAAAUGGCAAUGGGGUUAAAGGUCUAGUAGACUCAGGAAUCAAAAAUGUCCCAGAAAAAUACAUUCAACCAUCAUCCGAGCGUAUCAACAAGAUUGUGGGAUCUCAAAAUUCAUCAUCAGGUUUGCAGCAAUGUAUUUCCCCAAUUGAUUUGUCGUUGCUAGAUGGUCCUAACCAUGAUGAAGUAGUAAAAGCCAUUGUUAAUGCCUCUGAGAGAAUCGGAUUCUUUCAAGUAGUUAACCAUGGCAUUCCAGCGGAUCUGUUGGAGUCUCUCAAACAGGCUGCCCACCAGUUUUUCACGCAACCUCCAGAUGAAAAGGCGAUUUAUCUUCCGGGAGAGGGACGGAGCCGCCUGGUUAAGUAUGGAACAAGUUUCUCCCCUGAGAAAGAGAAGGCUUUGGAAUGGAAAGAUUAUCUCAACAUGGUUUACACUAAUGAUGCUGAGGCACUUGAACAUUGGCCUAAUCAGUGCAAAGAGGUGGCACUUCGGUACUUGAAAUCUUCAUAUAAGAUUGUGAAGAAACUCCUAGAGAUUUUAUUUGAAAAUCUUGGUGAAAAACUGGAAGACUCGAGACUGGAUUCACUAACGGGACGAAAGCUGGUUAACAUGCUUUUUUACCCACCAUGUCCAAAUCCAGAUCUCACCGUUGGAGUAGGUCGCCAUUCUGACAUCGGCACAUUGACCGUAUUGCUACAAGAUAGUAUCGGAGGUUUGCAUGUCAAGGUGGAAGAAGAUGUUGUUUCAGGACAGAAAGAAGAGUGGAUUGAGAUUCCACCAUUUCCUAAUGCUUUGGUGAUCAACAUUGGUGAUGCACUACAGAUUAUAAGCAAUGGGAGGUACAUAAGUGCUGAACAUAGGGUUCGGACGACAAGUAAAGGAUCAAGAGUGUCAAUACCAUUUUUCACCAUACCAACACCAACAGAGAAGAUCGGUCCACUGCCUCAAGUGAUCAAGCACGAUGGUGUGGCUCGAUAUAGAGAAGUGUUGUAUCAGGAGUACAUGAACAACUAUUUUGGAAAAGCACAUGAUGGGAAGAAAUCACUUGAUUUUGCCAGAAUCAACUAAAUUACAACAUGACAACUACCUCUUCUUUGGUUCCCCCAACAACUUUCUUUUUUUUUUUCACUCUUUUGGUACUUGUAGUUCAGCUUAUAAAAAGAAUAACACUGAUAAAUAUCUUGUAAUCCUUUAAAUAACUCCAAAUUUACCAAGUUUUUCUAAAACUCUAUUUUCCUUGUUACAAAAUUUCUUCUCUUGUCAAAAGUUAACUAGUUGACAUUGUUAAUCAACUACCAUAACCAAAUUAGCAAAGUCGAGUCGAUGAUUAUGAUAUCUGGGAAUUCUAAGGGAG